AAAUAUUUCUAUGUCACUCUCCAAAAGCAAAUGGACACUGUGCAGAAAGAAAUUGAAAUGCUGAAACAGUGGAAGGAGAGCAAGCCACAGAACUUACCUGUGGUGGUGCAAAGAAUUACUAAGGACCUAAGAGACUUAAGGACUGAGGUCAACAACGUUAAAGAGAUCUUGGAUAGUAGAGUGUCUAGUGGAGACUUCAGCAGAGCAGACCGCGGUAGUCCACUGGUUGAUGAAAUGGCUGACUAUGCCCUCCAGGCCCAAGGUGGUACUAUAGUAACUUCGAGAUGCUCAAAGACUUAUGACGCUAAUGCAAAGGUCCUCAACAUCAUGGGCAUCCCUCUCUUCAAAGUAACAGAGAGCCCUUGGACUGUCAUUGGGGGUCAUCCACUGCAGCCUGGUAAUUGUUGGCCAUUCCAGGGGUCAAAGGGCAGGUUGACCGUGUCCCUGUCUCACCCUGUCCAUGUCACCCACGUCAGCCUGGAACACAUCCCUGCUGCGGUGUCCCCAUAUGGACAUAUCAAGAGCGCACCCAAGGAGUUUGCCAUCUACGGUAUGUCUACUGAGCAAGGUGAAGGAAGCCUGUUGGGAACUUUUACCUACGACCAGGCUGGGGAUUCUCUACAGAUGUUUGAAAUGCCUAGGCUUAACAAUGUCUACCAGUUUGUGGAGCUCCAUGUCCUCCAGAACUGGGGAGAUGAAGACUACACGUGUCUGUACAGGUUCCACGUUCACGGCAAGAUGACGUCUGAUUGACACAAAUCUCCUGUCUACCCCGAUACAUCCUUUGAACCGGAGCUUAUUUCCCCUCACUAAUUUGCUCAUAUUAUUGAAAUGCAAACUAUUCACAUCUAAAAUGACUUUGGCUCCAUUAUUGGUAAAAAUGCUAUUGUUGGUGCCUUCAAUUAGCACUUUAUUGCAACAGGCUCUCUAUUUGAAAGAACUGUCAUUACUACCCCAAAUGUAAAUUUUAAAUAAUCAAGUAUUUUUCUGGGGCCACAAGGAUGUUAAUACCCAAGGUUUUUCAUUUAACACAUUCACAGCAAAAGACAUCUUAAAUGCUUUGCUACCUAUCAACACGACGAUUUAUUUCAAAAUUAUGGAAAGCUGCCCAUGUGCUGCCACUACAUGAGAGUAAAAGUAAUGGCCUUGAUAACUAUCGUCAUAUGUAUAUCUUAUGCUGGUGUUUAAUGCAAGUAAAACAAAUGAGCAAUUAUUAAACGUGCUCUCGAGUCUGGUUAGAUAAUGGCAAUAGUUCUGUUGUUAACACAAUACUAGACAAUCAAUAGCUCUGGUCCAGGUAAAGUGUCACCAGUAACACCAGCAAUUUCACCUGUUGCCAUGCUUGUUUUUUCUUGUUGAGAUCUCUGUAUUGAUUUAAUGUAGAGUUGGACAGUAUGGGGUAGCCAGACACUUUUCCUCAUUUUUUUGAAGGAACAAACAACUCCAUUUUGUACCUUCAAUGCAUUUGAGCUGGGACACACCAGGGUUGCCAGAUUUCUUGACAGAAUACCGAACAAUCAUCCGUGGACUCCACCAUGAAAAACACUCAAAGCAAUUUUUUCUGUAUUAGCCAUAUCUGUAAAUCGACCCAGCCAAGCCCAUUUUUGCCCACAUAUUGUCAUUAAAAACAGGA